AUGGCUGAUACAAAACCUCUACCACUCUGUCGCCAUCUUGCCGCAGCAGGCUUAUGGCGAUACCCUUCGCUAUGGAGCAACACAGAACUGAGGAGACUCGGGUGUCAGAUUCAAAAUAUCGAUCCAGACUAUGCGGAACACAACAAGGAUCAUAACUGGGUGGGUAACGCACCUUGUUCCCGACUGGCGGCGUCGAGACGGCCCAGUCUGGCGGAGAUGUUCGCCAUCCACCCCCAUCAUCCCACACGAUUGGAAUGUCUGACGGAUAUCCUGGCCUGGGGUCCUUCAUGGGAAAAGGGCCCCUUUCCAAAUUUGCGCGAAGGGCGUCCUUUUUUCUUUCAAAAUGUCAAGAUCCGUCGAGACUCGGCUGAUACCCCGGUGGAUUACAAGAUAUUCAGUCACCGCAAGCACAUCAAAGCACACCUAGCAGAGGAUCCACCCCGGGCUAUAGGCUAUCUGAACUACGUGGAGCUGUGGAAAUUUCGAGGUCUUCAAUAUCAAUCGCGCCGCCGUCGCUCGGUAGACAAAGUCUUGGACAAAGAUUCUGGUCCAUAUACGCCGCUGAGCUGGAGGAAAGAUCCAUUUUUGUUCUUCAUAUUAUUGGGAAUCGCUCAAACCCACCGCCUCCAGUACAAUGGUGCAUCGUCCAAUGAGACUCUAACCCCACGUCUACUGGUACACAACUGGCUCAAUGAUCCAAACCACAUAUACCUCUAUGAGGUAAGAUUAGAUACAGCUCUCAUCGACGCCUUGAUACAUCCGGGCAAAACCAUCACGGCAUUCAAACGAUUCAAUAUUGUUUGGAAACGAAUAUCCCUUAGGCCGUAUGAAUCUUUUCCUCGUCGACUUCAAAGUAUUCUUUUAAGUGGCUCAAUAGGAGCUCGCUUUUUGGACACAAUAGAGGGGGGUAUCCAACAACCUCCGAUUCCGGACCCUACAGAAACCACCAUCAAGAGCACUCGGAAACGAUGGGAACCAGACACGCCCCAACCUCGUACUAGCCAAACAAAACGAAAGAGGAAAUCCACCGAAGAUGCCGAAACUUCUGAGGAUGACGAGAGUUGGAAAGGGAAACGCAGACGACCUCGAGGUACCGUGGAAAGACCCGUCCCUUACCAAACAAGAUUCAAAGCGAAAUUCCAAAAGGGGAUAUCGGCUGCGGACAGCGAAGAUAGUAGCGAGGAAACACCAGAAAUCAAAGACCCUGUCUCAGCACGCACACGGUCAAUCAUGUCCAAAUCUCAAACCAAUUCCACAAAGGAUAAAUUAAGAUCCAAGAAGAAGAAAAAGAAGAAGGAAUAA